AUGAAACACAAGGGUGUGAUCAAGAUGAAACACAGGACCAGGAUCAAGAUGAAACAGGAGCGGCUUAAGCCUCAACACAGGAGAAGGAUUAAGAUGAAACACGGGAACAGGAUCAAGAUGAAACACAGGAUCAGGAUCAAGAUGAAACAGUUGCAGGGACAAGAUGAAACACAGGACCGUGAUCAAGAUGAAACACAGGACCAGGAUCAAGAUGAAACACAGGACCAGGAUCAAGAUGAAACACAGGACCAGGAUCAAGAUGAAACACAGGACCAGGAUCAAGAUGAAACACAGGACCAGGAUCAAGAUGAAACACAGGACCAGGAUCAAGAUGAAACACAGGACCAGGAUCAAGAUGAAACACAGGACCAGGAUCAAGAUCAAACACAGGACCAGGAUCAAGAUGAAGCACAGGACCAGGAUCAAGAUGAAACACAGGACCGUGACCAAGAUGAAACACAGGACCAGGAUCAAGAUGAAACACAGGACCGUGAUCAAGAUGAAACACAGGACCAGGACCAAGAUGAAACACAGGACCGUGAUCAAGAUGAAACACAGGACCAGGAUCAAGAUGAAACACAGGAAUGUGAUCAAGAUGAAACACAGGACCAGGACCAAGAUGAAACACAGGACCAUGAAACACAGGACCAGGACCAAGAUGAAACACAGGACCAGGAUCAAGAUGAAACACAGGACCAGGAUCAAGAUGAAACACAGGACCAGGAUCAAGAUCAAACACAGGACCAGGAUCAAGAUCAAACACAGGACCAGGAUCAAGAUCAAACACAGGACCAGGAUCAAGAUCAAACACAGGACCAGGAUCAAGAUGAAACACAGGACCAGGAUCAAGAUGAAACACAGGACCAGGAUCAAGAUCAAACACAGGACCAGGAUCAAGAUGAAACACAGGACCGUGAUCAAGAUGAAACACAGGACCAGGAUCAAGAUGAAACACAGAAACAGGAUCAAGAUGAAACACAGGACCAGGAUCAAGAUGAAACACAGGACCAGGAUCAAGAUGAAACACAGGACCAGGAUCAAGAUGAAACACAGGACCGUGAUCAAGAUGAAACACAGGACCAGGAUCAAGAUGAAGCACAGGACCAGGAUCAAGAUCAAACACAGGACCAGGAUCAAGAUCAAACACAGGACCAGGAUCAAGAUCAAACACAGGACCAGGAUCAAGAUCAAACACAGGACCAGGAUCAAGAUCAAACACAGGACCAGGAUCAAGAUGAAACACAGGACCAGGAUCAAGAUGAAACACAGGACCAGGAUCAAGAUGAAACACAGGACCAGGAUCAAGAUGAAACACAGGACCAGGAUCAAGAUCAAACACAGGACCAGGAUCAAGAUGAAGCACAGGACCGGGACCAAGAUGAAACACAGGACCAGGAUCAAGAUGAAGCACAGGACCGGGACCAAGAUGAAACACAGGACCAGGAUCAAGAUGAAACACAGGACCAGGAUCAAGAUGAAACACAGGACCAGGAUCAAGAUGAAGCACAGGACCGGGACCAAGAUGAAACACAGGACCAGGAUCAAGAUGAAACACAGGACCAGGAUCAAGAUGAAACACAGGACCGGGACCAAGAUGAAACACAGGACCGUGAUCAAGAUGAAACACAGGACCGUGAUCAAGAUGAAACACAGGACCGGGACCAAGAUGAAACACAGGACCAGGAUCAAGAUGAAACACAGGACCAGGAUCAAGAUGAAACACAGGACCGGGACCAAGAUGAAACACAGGACCAGGAUCAAGAUAAAGCAGCAGGAUCAAGAUAA